GGCGAGCGGGGGCGGUGUCCCCGGCCAUGCGGAGCCSGGGCGGGCGGCGGGGGCCGCGCAGGGCCCGGGCUGGGCUGCGGCGGGGCCCCAUGAGGCGCCGGGGGUAGGGCGGGGAGCCCGUUCCCCGCCGCCCCGCCGCCAUGUACACCUUCGUGGUGCGGGACGAGGGCAGCAGCGUGUACACCGAGGUGAGCCGGCUGCUGCUGGCCAGCGGGCAGUGGCGGCGCCUCCGCAGGGACAACCCCCGCUUCAACCUGAUGCUGGGCGAGAGGAACCGGCUCCCCUUCGGCAGGCUGGGCCAUGAACCUGGACUUGUGCAGCUGGUGAAUUACUACAGGGGAGCAGACAAGCUGUGCCGMAAAGCAUCUCUGGUGAAGCUAAUCAAGACAAGCCCUGAGCUAUCCGAGUCCUGCACGUGGUUCCCUGAGUCGUAUGUGAUUUACCCAACAAACUUGAAGACCCCSGUGGCUCCAGCACAGAAUGGAAUUCACCAUCUCAUAAACAACUCGAGGACAGAUGAGAGGGAAGUGUUCCUGGCAGCCUACAACAGGCGGCGCGAGGGCAAAGAAGGCAACGUGUGGAUCGCCAAGUCCUCAGCUGGCGCCAAAGGGGAAGGGAUCCUGAUUUCUUCGGAGGCUGCAGAGCUCCUGGACUUCAUCGAUGAGCAGGGACAAGUGCACGUGAUUCAGAAAUACCUGGAAAAUCCUCUACUUUUAGAGCCAGGGCAUCGCAAGUUUGACAUCAGGAGCUGGGUUCUCGUGGAUCAUCAAUAUAAUAUCUACCUCUACAGAGAGGGUGUCCUGCGGACCUCUUCCGAACCAUACAACAGUGCUAAUUUCCAGGACAAAACCUGCCACUUGACCAAUCACUGCAUUCAGAAGGAGUAUUCCAAAAACUACGGGCGCUAUGAGGAAGGGAAUGAGAUGUUCUUCGAGGAGUUCAACCAGUAUCUGAUGGAUGCCCUGAACACAACGCUUGAGGAUAGCAUCUUACUGCAAAUUAAAAACAUAAUAAGAAGCUGCCUUAUGUGUAUAGAGCCUGCAAUCAGCACGAAGCAUCUUCACUACCAGAGCUUCCAGCUCUUUGGCUUCGACUUCAUGGUGGAUGAGGAGCUGAAGGUGUGGCUGAUAGAAGUCAACGGGGCCCCAGCAUGUGCCCAGAAGCUGUAUGCAGAGCUCUGCCAAGGAAUUGUGGAUGUAGCCAUCUCCAGCGUUUUCCCCCUCGACACCGAUACCGGGCAGAAGAUGAGCCAGUCAUCAUCGAUCUUCAUCAAGCUGUGAUGACAACACAACUGCCACUGCUGUGAACAGGGAGAGACUGCCCCCCUCGGGUCAGCACAGUUCGGUGGCUUAUCUCAGUGUCAUGCCAAAAAGCGAUWGAGACAGGCUUCAUAUUUUCUGGGAGACCACAGGGAAAAACAACAAAACAGGCAUCCUCACAGAGCUGUGAUGAGCCAGAGYUGCUCGGAUCACUCUGCCUGCAUUCACCAAAAUCCACUUUAGRAACAGCUCCUGUGACUUUGAUACCUGAAACAAAUCUCUCUGGGAGAACAACAGWACAACCUUAAAACGAACCCCCAGCAGGGAUACUGUAAUGCUGUAUUAGCUCCUCCUUUUCUAUAGAGACAACACUGGGUUUUUUUAAGGGAAUCGAGUGAAGAGAAUGAUGGAGUUGUCCUCCUCCCGCUGUGUUUAUUCUUUCCUCACCUACUGCAUCAUUAGUGCCUUAGCUCGGCUCCAAAUAGGUGAACUCCUUCCCUUUGUUCCUGCUCCRUUACAUAGAAAGGAGCAAGCUCUCCGGCAUCGCAGGGUGCCUAAAACCAGGAACACCAACAAGUCGGUUUCCUUAGCUGAUUUUCCAAGCUGGUUGGCUGAACACCCAGGCAAUGGCUGGCAAAAGGGUSCUGAACUGCAGGCGGUGAAUUAACCCAAGCAAGGAAGGCAAUUUUCUUUAUAGCUAUCCCUUUUCCUAUGGAGAUUUGAAUCAGUGUCUAUCCCAGUCUGAGGCAGUUGGAUUCUGCUUAAAAGAGGUAGAGAGACCCCCUCGGAGCUCACUGGCAGGCUGUAGGAUUUCUAGCAUCGCUUUGUGCUGAGCGUUUCAAGUAAAAUUCAGAAACCUGAUCCCAGUUUCUUUUCAG